AAUAAAGUUGCAUUCAACCCAAAAUAGUUGUUUUUGUCCCGGUUAGGACAAAAUCUGGGGGGUUUUAAUUCAAAACCUGACCUCUGUCAAUAGAAAUUUAACAUACCUAAAACAACUAUUGCUGGCCUGGAGAAGUGGGAUUAAUUAACUCAGUCAAGCAGGAGCGCAAGAAAAAGGAAAUGGAAGGGUGAGUUCAUUUUAACCGACUAAUGACCCAGGGAAACUGGGAUCCACAAAACUCCAAAUCCCACGGUUCAGUUUCUUAAAUAAUGGCUUCGCCUGUGGCCACCUCGCACGUCCAGUCACCAGAAGAUAAAGAUAAAAACCCAGAAAUUUCUAAAUAACCUAAUGAAUAAUAGAUGGAUUUCCAAGUAUGUCAGUCCAAAUAUAUUUUCUAGGCUUUUAUUUCUAGUCACAAAAGGAUCCUUUGAAAUCAACUCUAAACCAGAGCACUUCCCCCUCAUUUCAUCCCAUGCUAUAUAUUCUCUAAAUCUCUCAAACAAUAACAAAACCAUGUCGCCGCCGCCGCCGUCGACAACAAGAAGAAGCCUGAAAAUAGGUAUAAUUGGCUUUGGGCGCUUUGGGCAGUUCUUGGCAAAAACCAUGAUCAAACAAGGACAUACACUAAGGGCAACUUCUCGUUCAGAUCACUCUCACCUCUGUGAAGAUUUGGGUAUCUCAUACUUCAGGGAUGUUAUCAAAUUUCUUGAAGCUGAUAACGAUGUUAUUUUGAUAUGCACAUCAAUCCUAUCUCUACAAGAGGUGCUCAACUCAAUGCCACUCCAUAGUCUGAAACGACAGCGAACUCUCUUUGCCGAUGUUCUAUCAGUUAAAGAGUACCCAAGAGAUGUUCUAACGAAAGUACUGCCAGAAGAAUCGGACAUACUGUGUACUCACCCCAUGUUCGGACCAGAGAGUGGAAAACAUGGGUGGAAAGACCUAGCUUUUGUAUAUGACAAGGUUCGAGUAAGAGAUGAAGCUACAUGCUCAAGUUUUCUAAAAAUAUUCGAGACUGAGGGUUGCAGAAUGUUGGAGAUGUCUUGUGAAGAACAUGACAGAAUGGCUGCCAAAAGUCAGUUUCUUACUCACACUAUAGGCAGGAUUUUUUCAGAAAUGGAGAUCAAGUCCACACCUAUGAGUACAAAAGGCUUUGAGACACUAGUUCGAUUAAAAGAUGACACUACAAAGGAUAGCUUUGAUCUCUUUAGUGGGUUAUUCCUUUGUAAUAGAUUUGCCAAACAAGAGCUAAAGAACCUAGAACUUGCCCUUGAAAAGGUUAAGCAAAAGCUACUUGAUCAGAUGCAUGUGGAGCAGAAUCUAGAUUGAUUCUAGAAUCUGAUGUAGAAGACUCUUGUCAUAAAGUUUCCUUAGAAUUUUUUAUAUUAUAUUCUGCACUUUUAAUACUUCCGUAAUUGAAGGCAAGAUUAUGUUGUAUUAUUAGAAAACUUUCAGAUACAAUUCCAUAGGACAUUCAUAUGCA